AAAUGAAAAAAUGCGGGUGGACAUAACAUUCCCCCGGAAAAGCGAGAAGCUAGUAUAGUUUUUCGGUUUUCCUAUGGCCGCCUUCCCCAUAAGCGAGAGCCACUUACAAUCUUUAGAUAAAGAUAUUCUUAUCAUAAUAAAAGAGUAAUGAGGAAAGUCAUCUGGCGCGAAUAUUUAAAUUUAAAUUUAUAUUUUUAUUUCGCACUGUAUUAUAUGCUGACGGAUGGUUAAUCGUCUUCGUCGCUUCUCGAGUUCGCGAAGCCGUGUUGAGUGUCAGUAUUGUCUGAGCAGUGAUUAGGUUUGCUUGGCAAAAUUAAUUCUAUAAUAAAGGAAAGAUGUACUCAGUGCAGAAGAAUUUCGAGGGGUAUGGUACUUGGUACCAGAUGGUCGUGAUGGUUUACGGGGAAAAGGACAUAAGGGUGGGUAUCCAAAUUUUGAAGGAUUUGGCGCGUCCAGUGAAUCCGGCUGAGGGGCUUCGUUUGGUAUCUCAACUGAUGGACUUGUUCGGUCCUCUUUCACCUGAGGCAGUGAAAGCUGCAACUUUCUUUUGUCUCCAGGGUAUUGAGUUCGUAUCAGACCCAUGGGGAUUUGAAGAAGUGGUUAGUCCAAACAGCGGAGAUUUGGAGAUUUUGAGGGUCGCCUUGGUGGAGGCGGUAUUCAAUGGCCUAAUCGCUAUGCCCUAAUGGUAAGUGAGACAUUCUGAUUUAUAUUAUUUUCGU